GAACCCUCCCCGACGGACGGUACCAGUAAUUCACCACUCUACGGCCUCUACAUACCUAUGCAUACGACUUUCUUACAUCAAACUAUAUCUACUCGUCUCUGGAAACUGAACAGCAUCGACAAGCCGGCUUUCGACGCCGCAUCCCAGAGAUCAUUGAUAUCCUGGUCGAGCUGGCCCAUUAUCUUUUUCCCGGCACCGGAUUGGUCAACAUGGGGACCGAGCUUCCAGAUGGCCCCGCACGCUUUGGCGCUGCCACUGCCGCUACCGUGAGGAGGAGUGAGGAGGUGCCUGAGUGACGGACGGGAUCAGACCGGGGUUGGUGGGUGGGUGGGCGGCAGCCAGAGUGGGUGCCCGGGCGGACAGCUUUCUGCCAAAAUUUACUGCAAGCAACUGCAAGAGCGCCGUGUCGGGUUGGUGGUGGUGGUGGUGGUGGUGGUGGUGGUGCAUCGUGGUGCCGUGGUGCGGUGCGGUGGUCCCGUCUUUUUUGGGGCUGGCAACUCGACUAGGUCCCGGGCUCGGUUUCCACCAUUGUACACACACCAAGAGAGACCAGCCAUCGCUUCCUCCUUCCAGGCAGUGCCGUCCUCGCUCUCCUCUUUUCUGGAAAUCCUCACCACGUACACCCUGGGCCACAGACACGAAAACCCGACUUGUCGAACUUUGUUAUUUCCGUCAUGAGAAAUAGUUUACCACCCACCUACCACGUCGACCACCGCUCCCCGAUCUCCAAUUUGGCGUAGCCAGCACUUCGGAUCCCGUCAUAGACAUCUCGUCUCGCCGUCCUCCGUCCCCUCUUCUUCGUUUUUUUUCCCACCCUCGUACCCGCUCAAUCUUUUACCCAAGUUAGCAGCGAACGAGUCUUGCUUUCGUGGACAUUUACACAAGCAAGCCGGCGACAUCCUCAUCUCGAGCACGCCCCCGAUCGAGCACCCUCCUCACUUGGCUGGAUUUUCGACCUGAGCCCUCGCGAUCCUCCGCCGUCGGUCGAUCCAUCCUCGAUAAUUUACGCUUCUCUACCACCAAGCACCGGCUUCAAGCUACGAUUCGAACCUAGCACGAGUCUCAUAACCUCGACACCUUCGAUUGCAUCUUUACUCGACGAUUGUGUCAGAUUCAAUUUGCGGUCGAGACUCGGCCUCGUCGAGUCCUCGCUUCUCCGUGACCACAUCGACAGACGACCGCGUGAUUCGGGUCUGCUCCCGCCAUCACGCCCCAUUACUUCUCCGACCAUCCACAUCGCAAUUGUCGAGCUUCAAGUAAAACGAAAUUGUUUUAGUGCUAGGGUGCGUCAUUGUCCCCAGGCACUCCGGAUACCCGACCGCAGAACCCCCUCCCAACGGGCCUGCGGAUCGCGUUCUUCUCUUCGACACCAAUCGUGUCGAUUAUAUACCCUACAUACUUCGAGCUCCUGCCUUGACUGCGGCCCCAGCUGCAAGCAAUGGCAGGGUCCGAUCCGAGGCGGUCGUCAAGAGCGCGAACCUCCCAAUCACAAUCGCAAAUCUCGUCCAGCACGUCCAGCACGUCAGGUCGUGGUGAGCGCAGCACCAGGUAUUUCAACAAAGCUGUCUCACCACAAAAGUCAAGCUCCUCGGGAUCGCUAUCCUCUGAGGCUCCAGACGAGACAAUUACAGCGGACGACUCGUUUGGUACCCGGCGUCGUACCCGCGGUCAGCAGGAAGAAAGAGAGAGGGCAAAUAACAAGUCUGAGCAGGUCGAAAUGGCACACGGCGACGAUGACGCUCAAGACGAGGACGAGGCCGUUCGUUGCAUUUGCGGCUACGAGGACUACCCAGGCCCUCCGCCGUUUGACGAAGACUCCAAGCAUGGCUUGAAGGACGGCAUGGAUAUCGAUCCCAUAUUCGCGACCGAUGUCACCGACGAUGCGGCCGGAUUUUUCGUACAAUGCGACAUUUGCAAGGUCUGGCAACAUGGCGCCUGCGUUGGCAUUAUGACCGAAGAGUCAAGCCCAGACGAAUAUUUCUGCGAAGAGUGCCGCAAAGAAUUCCACAAAAUUUUCACAGCGAGCAACGGACAACGCUAUUCGCACUACCUACCCCUUAAGCGCCCCUCUCGAACCACUUCUAGAUCCGCCUCUCUCAACAAGGAUGGCACGAGAUCACCGCCCAAAGAUAAACCGGAGGGCCGCAACGGACGUGGUACGACCACUUCCUCCGCGUCGAAGCGAAGAUCUACAAUGAACAGCCGAGGCGCUGACUACGACGAAGCUGAAGCCCUGAGACGGGCGAUUGAAGCAAGCAAAGAAGAUGCAGCUUCUGAACAACCCGAAACUACCACGAGAAGAACAAAGCGAGGCAGAAGCGAUAGCGAAGAAAAGUCAGAAAACAAGAGGCAGAGGACGAGCUCUCGAUCGGCCUCUCCUAGCCUUGACAAGACCACUGAGGACUCUGACGACGCCGGCACAACAACGCGGAAUGGUGCAAAGUCUAGAUCGCGGGGCGGCGUAGCAGGCCGCACUCUGCGCACCGAGAAGACAACUGAAAAAGAAGAACGCGAACGACAAAGGGCUGAGGCAGCAAACAAGCGAAAGGGUAGAGCUGAGCGCCGGCGAGCUGAUGAUUCAGACCCUUCGGACGAGUUACCACUAGCAGCUCGUGCGGCAGUGAACAAGACGCCCGCUACAACGACACCGGUCGCAGCCGCCACCGCCGUGACCACUACAACGACUACUACUACCACUACUAUGGCUACCCCUGCCGCUGCGGAAGAACCGGCAGAACAAGAAGAACAAUCACCAGCGGUACCCGAACCCCCUCCUGCCUCACAGUCCACUCCGGAAGACCCUCCCGCUGCAGCUACUCCCACAGCCAAGAUUGAGAAGAAGCGAUCACAUAAGAAGAAGGGUCGCAAUCAAUACACACGUGAUGACAACGAGCCAUCGCCUGCAAGAUCACAGUCAGGGGAGGCACCAGCUGAAGUACCGCCUCCUCCGAAGCCAAGUAAGGCCGAAGAGAAGGCUACUGGACACGGAAAACAAGGGAAGAAUAAGGGUGGGAUGAACAGCAAGAUCACCAUGACUGACAUGAAGAGGAGGGCCGCAGCACUCCUUGACUUCAUUUCGCGAACCCAAGUUGAGCUUGCUGGCGAGUCACCAUCGGAUGAUGACAAGACGAACGGCAACAGCGUCGCACCACAGUUAGCAACUGACUGUGAAAAGCCAGGGUCGGCAACAGGCAUACUCGGGGUCAAUUGCUCGACCCCAGCCGCUGUCAUGACUUCAGAAGGGCAGCUAGGAAAGGAUUUCAAGGACCUCAGCUGCGUGGAGAUGAUGGACAGCUUGACCCGGAGGUUGGUCAAGUGGCAGCAGGAGUAUACAGUGUGAUACAAUGAGCGGAUAAUGGAUGUUAUACUUGAUGUGCAUGUGGCAUGGAUUACGUCGGAUAAAGGCUGAUGAUAACUUGCACGUUUUCGAUUUUGGGUUUCUUUUUUCUUUUCCACUUUCGUUUGUCUUGGUGUUUUCUCGGGCAGAACGGUGCUAUCAUUAGGCAGGUUUUUGCGAUGAUUGGAUGCUUUCGAAGUUUUAUAUCGAGAGUACUCGGGAUAGCUGUAUCCUCCCUUCCACCUACUGACGACGUGGGCGAAUGGGUGGUGAGGCCAGCGAUGCAUUUAUUGGGGCGUUUUUUUUUUUUUUUUGGGUUUAAACAGGAUAAUUGGUUCUGGUAGUACCUAGGACGGCGUGGGUAUCAUUGAUAACGGAGUAUAGAGUUUUCAAGAAUUUCAUCACCU